AGGAGGGAAAGAUAGCGCAAGGAGGAAUAAAACUAAAAGGAGACAGAAGGUUUAGCGAGAACUGAGUAGACUGUAAGUGGGACGACAGGCCUUUCCGUUAGCUCAGGGCAAGACAGUCAUGUUAAAAAAAAUUUAAAAAGAAGGAAAAAAAAUCCAAAAAGAAACAAGAAACUUCACUGUUAUUGUUGUUUGUUGCACCUGCCUCCAUAUCAAAGUGCUUGAUGGCUGUUACCCAGGCUGUGCUCCCGUCCUUCAGCUCGUUCUCCAACCUCUCUCACUCCAGUGACAAUAUGAAAGUGUGGAAGUCUGAUGGAGGCUCUCUUCCUUUGGACCCUCCGAGCAGCAAACUGUCACCAAGCAGCUCUGAGCAGCUGCAGGUCUCUCAACAAAUGGCAGAGGAGCUCCUGGAUGAUGACAGCCAAGCAUCUUGGGACAUUGAGUUCCUGCUGUCAGACUGGAGCAGCCCUUCGCCUGACCUCAACCCCUCUCUGGACAGCAACACCCAGCGGCUCCCACAGCUCGACCCAAGCAGAGUGUACCAUGAGGCGGCCAUGUUUAAGGACCAAGCAGGGCAGGAAGGUCUGCAGAUGAACAGUGGGAGCCUCAUGGCUGAGCUCCUGUCACCUCCUGAGGCCACCACAGUCCAGCCAGAGCUGUACCACAGAGGUUAUAGUGACGACCAAACAGGUCGGACUUCAUUUCCUAAUGUACAUAAUGUAAAUCAGUUUGACUUCCCCCAUGGAGGAAAUAUGGACGCGCACGGCAGAGGAAGCAUCAGUAAGGUCACAUCAUGGGACUUCAACCCCUACUAUCCCCAGCAGCUCCCCUCCAUGAUGACCUUCCCUGACAGCAGGUUCAUGCUACCUCAAGCUGUGACCCCAGACCCCCGACACUACACCUACAUGCCCCACUUUAAUCACAACGCCAGCCUUUUCUGUGACUACACCCACAGCCAGGCCGCUGGACAUUUGUCCCUUCACCCUCAGCCCCUGCUGGUCGGACCCCAGCUGCCCCCUGGUGGGGUGGAGGGGAAGCGUGGCAGGAGAGCGACAGGGAAAAAGAGGCCCGCCAUCCACAGCUGUGAAUAUCCCGGCUGCAGCAAGACCUACACCAAGAGCUCUCACCUCAAGGCUCACCUUCGCACUCACACAGGGGAGAAGCCUUACCACUGUUCAUGGGAGGGCUGCAGCUGGAAGUUUGCCCGCUCAGACGAGCUGACGCGUCACUACCGCAAGCACACAGGUCAAAAACCCUACGAGUGUCUGCUGUGUCAGAGGGCCUUCUCUCGCUCAGACCAUCUGGCUCUGCACAUGAAGAGACACACCUGAAGCUCACACAUGCACAUAAAAAUACAAAGCUCUGCCAUUUAAACAACUUAUGACUGAAUCUGGGACUUGGACACACUGCCAUGUUGUCAUUUCCAAAAAUGUUUUGUCUGUUUUGGGUUUAUUUAAAAAAACAAAUGACUCAGUUCAAAUUCCAAAGCCUUAACAUUCACUUGAUAUCCACAAAUGAUAAAUACCGUUUGUAGAAAGCAUCAAAAGAUGCAGCAGAAUGAGAAAUAUCAUAUUUUAACCAAUAUUAUCCAUAAACCAACUAGACAGCCAACAGGUGAGUCAGAGAUCUGGGUUUGUGAAGAGCAUAAUUGCCAUAGACUAUAUAAAAGAUGGAUGACAUCACCCACACAUUUGUAGACCAUUAAGUCUUGAGUUAGAAUUUGGCCAUCAACUUGUUGGUCUUUAGAAACCAGAGAUGACAAGUGAGGGAAUCUGACUGAGGACUUCAGGUCACUUUGCACACCCAUAUAAUAGCAACUUUUCGAUCACAAGGUUGCCACAUUCUAAAUAAUAUCCUGUUUUAUCUUCCAUUUUCCUCUAAAUCAGACCAUAAUUUCAGAUAUGAGCAUUAUGCUGUAGUCAAGGAGACCUGAAACUAGCAAAUGAGACCAUAUAUCCAUUUGGAGAAUUUUCAGAGGUGACAAAUCAAGUGAGAAAGAAGGUUUUUCUCAUUGAGUUCAAUACAAUCUGACUUAUUUUCCAGAGGAGUUGCCCCCUGGUGGUUGCUAGAAAAGAUGCAGGUUUUAGGCACUUCUGAACUGGCUUUAUGAUGUGGCCUCUAGCAACCAAUAGGAAGAGGCUAGAGGUCAGUUAAGCUAGCUUGUCUGAUGUUAAGUGAAGUAAUGUCAUUUUAAUUGAUAAUUUAUCUGAUCGUUUUCAGCUUGAUCCAACUUUAUUCACAAAUGCAGCAGUGAACAGAUUUUGAUGUUCAAAAUUGGUGCAUUUCCAUUUUAAUGUUAGAGUCAAGGCUUUUAAAAUUAAUUCCCUAUGAUCUCAAACUGUUCAUUUGAACACUGUCAAUAGACACAAUGUUGAAACAUAUUACAGUGAAAUUUAAAGACUUGCCUGCCACACAGAUUUAUACUUAUAGGACCUUUAAUGGUGUAAUGAUUCCCCUUAUAAGCAGCACAACGAUGUGCCCGACUCCAAUCCUCAUCCUAAACUUACUCCUAAACAUAGACACAAACACAAAAACCAAGACCUACUUAUUCAACCAACUGAAAAACUGGCAAGAUGUCCUCGCUCUUAAGGUCUAAAAAUUGAUCCUCUAGAAGUGCAAGCAGCUACAAUACAAGACCAUAUACUUAUAAUUUAAAGACAGCGUGUAUAAAGCAAAGCAAUAAAGGUCACUUCGACAAACACUGUACACACUGUGGGCAUCUAUACAGCGGCAUGUGAACACUAACAAAAUAACUUAAUGUGGGUUAUAAUACAACACACAGUAAUAUAUCCAGUAGGAGCUCACAGCUUACUGAUGAAGUAACAAAGCUUUAAUUAAAUACGCCAUAAAGUCCAUGUUAAAUGUAGGGUUAUGUAUUUUUUCUAUUUGUUCAUAAGUUUUAAUUUAAGAAAAAAAUGCAUGUAUGCCUUUUUCUUUCUCUUUUCUCUAAGUUUUCAAAGCUGUACAUAAUUUGCAUCUUUCUCAGCUGUUUAUCUUCAUCUGAAAAUGAGUAGCAUAUUUAUUAUCGUGAUCUUUUAUAUCAAAAGAAGACUCUAUAAUAUUGUACAAUGUUUAAAUAUUUUCAAAAAAGUGCUUUAAGGUCUUUCAUGUGUUGUUACUGUCAUUGUAAUUCCCAAAAUAAAGACUUCUAAUGCUGUAAAACUA